AUGUCUUCUUCUAAUUUGUAUAAAAUUGAAGAUAAUCAAUCCAUUUCUUGUCAACAAGAAAGAUGUAGUUACAAACAUCGCACACCAAAAAAUAAACAUCAAAGUAUUAUUAAACAUUAUAGUAGAUGUCACUCUGAAAUCUAUAAACAGUUGAAAUCUCAACUAAAACCUUAUUCAAAACCAUCAUUACAACAACAAAAAAAUAUUGUUCAUUGUGUCAAUUUAGAACAAGAACAAGAUAAAGGUUUAGAUUUAUUACAUAAAAUCGAAAAGAAUCAAAGUUUUUGUUUUCAUCACUUUGUUGGUGGAAGAUAUUUUAAUUUUAAAUUUUUAAAAAUAGUUGAAGGUUAUACGUUAUCAUUCUUUCUUAAUGAUACUUUGUUACAUCUUAAUGAUGAAAUUUUAGAUAAUUUUUCUUAUAACUUUAUUAGUUUUAACAACGUAGAAAUAUUUAAAAUUGAUGAUGGAUUUAUAUUUUUAAAUCCUAACAUUAAAAUUACAAAACGGCCACCAGACCAUAAAUGUGAUGUCCCUUAUCGAACACUUGCUCAACAUUCGCUAAGAAAAAAGAGCCAGCUUAAUGAGGCCGACCAUCGAAUUUGCAAAGAAAAUCGCCUCGUUAAUAUCGUUCUGAGAGACCAGAAAGUUCACCCGAAACGACCAACUACUGAAGAGAUACCAGCAGCUUCGGUCAUCGUUUUUGGCAAGAAACGCACUUUGUUACUUGAUGUGAAUACGCUUCACCAAAAAGAUAGUUAUCUCAUGCGUCAUUCGCCGCCUCACAUCGUGUUCAUCUCUCUCGCAAGAGACUACGCUUCUCCCUGUUCGGAUAUUAAGAUGUGGGUGUUCUCCACCGUCUCUCUGAUAAAACCACGAGCGAAAGG